AUGAAGGAACAGCGGACCAUCAACAGACAGGAGGGACGAAUCUGGCGUUCUUUGUAUCCAUUUCAUGCCAAUGACAGUCUAGGUGGCGAAAGUUUGUCACUUGGACAGAUGCAAACAUACGAACAACGCAAAGAGGCAAGAUGCGGUCAUAACUGGCAGAAAAGUUAUAAAAAACUUCACCAGGACAUUCUUCAGGCACGGCGCCCGCAAAAGUUUAUCGUGUUCACGUGCAAAGAAGAAGGAUACGGGUGCGGGGGUUAUGGAAAUAGACUUGGAGGAAUUACUUCACUUUUAUUUCUCUCUAUCUUGACACAAAGAGCACUUUUGAUAGACUGGGAUCAUGGAGCCCCGCUUGAACGUUUCCUUGUCCCAAAAGGUGUUCAGUGGAACUAUUCUAUGGAGAAUUUAAAACAUUUCGACUCAAGGAUACAUUAUUUAGGAAAAAAAGAACAUUUCAAGAAGACUCGAAGUGAUGUUUUGAAGCCGUGGAAAACAAAACUAGAUUUUCAAGCGUGGCUGCGGCAGGCAGACCUCUCAUCGUAUUUCGAUCACCCCGUCGAGAAGAUUGUCAGCAAUUGGAAUUUUGCAAACGCCUUGUUGGAAAAGCCUUUCCUUGAGAAAAACGUAAAUGAAUUGCCAAGAAAAACCAACAACUCCUUGGUAGGGUGUGCUUUCGAUUUCCUCUUUCUCAAGUCUAAAGAGCUAGAAACCAGGCUAAGUGCAGCUCGACACUCACUCGGUCUCACAAAGAAAGUUUUAAAAGUGGGAUUUCAUAUAAGAAUGGGCGAUGUGGCUCUCCACAGAGGUUCAAACUCCAACAACCUUAAUUACAGGGCCUUUUUCCGUUGUGCACAAAAUCUUAGAGACGCCCUAGCACAGCAAACAAGAGGUUUUCAAACGGACAUCAAAUUGUUUCUAAUUUUUCGGGACAACCUGGACGAUAUUUUCGUGGUGAACAUGUUGGCUGAAUGA